AUGGACGUUCGUCUUGUCUUGUGCCUCCUCUGGGCUCUCCUAGCUACGGCCAACGCACGUCCUUCCAGCUGUUACCGGAGACUCCCCGGGGACAGCAGCCGUGAAGAGAGGAGCUGUAGCAGUGGAGCAGAUGCUUGCAUCGCUGUUCAUGAAGAGAACAGCUACGGGGGCGAGGUGUACAGGGGCGUCUCGCAGUUAUGCGUCCUCAGCUGGUUGAGCGCGGAGGGCGACCUGGACUUCGAGUUCGGGGGCGGCGUCUAUGCGAGGAUCCACUCCGAGAUCUGCAGAGAGACCAACUGCAACACGGGGGAGAUAAGGAAACGUACACUCAGCACCAUGCCCAACGGAAGACAGUGCCCGUCGUGCUUUGCCAUGGGAUCCCACCGCUGCCUCCACAACAAGAUCCUGCACUGCCAGGGGGGCGCCAACCAGUGUGUCGACGUUGUCGGGACGCUGUCAGAGAGAGGCAUCGAAAUCCCUUUCGCAGGAAGAGGAUGCGCCACCAAGGAUGUGGCCAAGAUCAAACCCGGGUUCCCCCUGGUGUCAGGCAUAUACAUCUAUCAAAUCAAGAGCAUCCAGUUAAGCCCGGCCCCCUGGGUGGAGACUGUGGACGGCUUCUGA